AAUCCCCGUGCGACAGCUGGAUAAUCUAUCUCCGUGAUGUCCGGUGUGCAGGUCAGAUAGACGCCUUGCAAGGGAAGCGUCCGCCAGACGUUGCAGUGAAUCCCCGCUCAAUGAUUCCAUCCCCUCCGCACGUCCUCGGUGCGCCCGUUCAAACGCCGGCAGCUAGAAAUUCAAACAUUAAUUUCAAAAAGUUCCCAGAUUUUCGCCUCCUCUUCCUCCUCCGCGGCUCCGCCUCCCCGUCGACCCCGGAGCACCAAACCCUAGGUCCGUCGGAUUCUCCAUCUCCUGCUUCCCGCUGCCGGCAUGCCAACCAGGUCGCAUCGGCAGUAAGAGGAAGGCGGAACGAAUCUGCGCUUCUUUUGUUGUUGUAAUUUUUUUUUCCUUCUCUCGAUGUUUUCUGGGAUUUUUGGCGCUGCGAGAGCUCGCUUGAAUGACGCCGAUUUGCAUCCCGGAGGUGGAUGAGAUCGUCUGUCCUCGCCCUCAUUGGAUGGUGGUUUUGGUGUUGGGAGCUGAUUUGAUGCGGAGGUCGAGCUGCAGAUGCCAUGAAAUCGGAGGACUGUGGGCGGCGCAAGAUUGAUCCGCAGGACGAUGGAUGUGAAGAACUUUGUGAUUUUUAUCGUUUGUCUGAGUUUGGUCCUUACUUUGCCGAUGCGCGGAUCUGGUGGGAGGACAGGGGCGGGGAACUUGUCACUCGCAUUGGGAAAUUCUAAGCUGAUAGAUUCUUCUCGGAUGGAUGAGUGCACGGUUAGGAUGUAUGGUCAUGAAGUUGUGAUGCCUCUCUUCCCGGAAAUAAAGGGUGCAAUUACUGAAUGUCUCGUUAGGAAAGGAUUUCAUAUGCAUCUUUCUAAAGAUGAUUAUAGACGUAAUACCAUGUGCAUGGAGUGCCUAGAAUUGGUACUUAGUUGGCAUCAUGUUCAAAGAAGACAUUUAGCAAAUAAGUCUCCAAGUGCUGCACCAACCUUCUCCCUAGAUGGUGGUCGAUCGACUCCAGUUGCAUCCCCUAAUUUUAAAGAUGAACAAGAAGCACCACCUGUUCAGAUCCCUCUGAUAUCUCGUAAACACCCAGCAAUACAUUCAACAAUUUCUUCAUCAACACCAACAAAGCCUACACCACAUAAAAGUGGUGCCAAGAUUCCACCCCCACAUGAGGAAGAGGACACAACAAGAUUAAUUAUUGAUGCUGUAAUUCUAUCAUCAAUCGGGACAUCUCUUCUUCUCCUAUGUGUAUUAUGUUGUUACUGGAAAUUUUGCAGACGACGUCGCUACUCAAUGAGCAGGAGAGAUGAAAGGCCCCUAUUGCUUCUAAGCUUAAGUAAUGCUUCUGGAUCUUCAGAUGCUUCAUUUGGUCAUGUUGGUUCAAGUAAUCAUUCAGAAAAGCUUGUAGGCCAGCAAAACAGUGGAUUUAACCAAAGUUGUCAUGUUUUAUCUGGAAAUGUCGACCACAGGGCUACGUCAUCAUCUGAGGUAGUGUCAAAUACUCCAUCUUUGGGGAAUAAUGAUGGCUCCGAAACCAGAAUAUUACUACCUCUUCCUCCUGGAAGGUCACCUAUUCCUUCUAUUGCUCCUUCUGCUCCAUCUGCUGUUGUCCCUCUUCCUAUGCCUGCUGCUGUUCCUUCUACUCCAUCUGAUGUUGUCCCACGUCCUAUGCCGGCUGCAGUUCCUUAUAUUCCAUCUGCUGUUGUCCCACUCCCUAUGCCUGCUGUUGUUCCUUCUACUCCAUCUGCUGUUAUUCCUCCACCACCUGCUGUCGUUCCUCCACCACCUGCUGUCGUUCCUCCUCCCCCUGCUGUGGCUCCUCCUCCCCCUCCUCCUAUUAAACCUCCUGCUAAUAAAGCUGCACCUCCCGCUCCACCUGCCCCACGGCCGCCAACACCAAACCAAAAACCUGGUGCCCAGAUGCCACCACCUCCACCAAAGGCUGCUCUUCCUCCUCGUCAAGGAAAUUCAAGAACUAAGAAGCCAACAAGUCUUGUACCAUGUCCUCCCCAUCGUCGUGAUGUUGAUGGUGACGACGAUGGUCCCAAAACAAAGCUGAAGCCAUUCUUUUGGGAUAAAGUUCAAGCAAACUCUCAGUCCAAUGUCUGGUCUCAGAUUAGAUCAGGAUCGUUCCAGUUCGAUGAAGAUAUGAUUGAAUCAUUAUUUGGAUACAACAAUGCAGUUGGUAAAAACCUUGGUGAAAAAAAGAAAGAGUCACAAGGUCGUGAUGCUUCACCUAAGCUUAUUCAGCUUCUUGAGGGAAAGAAAUCACAGAAUUUAGCAAUAUCAUUGAAGGCUUUGAGUGUGAAAAGCCAGGAAGUUCGUGAAGCACUCAUGGAAGGAAAUGAACUUCCUACUGCUCUUCUUCAAGCAUUGCUGAGAAUGCAACCUACCACUGAUGAAGAGCUGAAGCUUCGACUGUAUACUGGUGAUUUAUCCAUACUUGCACCAGCAGAACAAUUUCUCAAAGACUUGAUUGAUAUUCCUUGUACUUAUAAAAGGAUGGAUGCCUUGCUAUUCAUGUCUUCUCUACAUGAGGAUGUCACAAUCGUAAAAGAAGCUUUUGCGACAAUGGAGGUAGCUUGCACUGAACUCAGAGGCAAUCGUCUCUUUCUGAAACUCUUGGAAGCUGUUCUCAAAACCGGCAACCGAAUGAACGACGGCACCUACCGCGGCGGUGCUCAGGCAUUCAAGAUCGACACCUUGUUGAAGCUGGCAGACGUGAAGGGCGCUGAUGGGAAAACCACUCUGUUACACUUCGUCGUUAAAGAGACAAUUCGUUCAGAAGGGAGACGCGCUGCCCGUCUGGCUAGAGAAAGCGGAAGCAUUACGUUCAUGAACAAUUUCAGCUUCGGCUCCGACGAUAUGUCCGAAGACAUUCUAGCAGACACCGAAGAUAGUCUCCAGGCCGAAGGCCUCAAGAUCGUUUCAGGUCUACCAGGCGAGCUCGAGAACGUCAAGAAAGCAGCAGGAAUUGACAUCGACGCCACAACCACUACAGUCGCUAACUACGGUCGCAAGCUGAUAGAGACAAAAGAAUUUCUCAACAAAGACAUGAAGAAUCUGGAGGAGGACAGCGGCUUCCACACUUCACUCAAAUGCUUCGUAGAGCAUGCAGAAGUUGCUAUUACUUUCUUAUUAGGAGAAGAAAGAAGGAUAAGGACUUUGGUUCAGAGCACGACAGAUUAUUUUCAUGGUUGUGCUACAAAAGAUGAAGGUUUACGGUUAUUCGUUACAGUUCGGGAUUUUCUCGGCAUGGUAGACAAGAUCUGUAAGGAAGUGAAGGAGUCGGCAAAGAAAGUCUCGAAGCCACCCGUGACUAAGGACGUGAUUAAGGAUCGUCCACCUGGAACAUCACCACCUACUCCUGAUCCACGACAACUAUUAUUUCCUGUGAUCAGGGAUCGAAGGGUCGAAAGUUCCAGUUCAGACGAAGACGAUGACUGAAAAAGGUAAAAGAAAAUAUAUUACAAUUGUAAAUAUCCUGUUUGUAAUGGAUCUUUAGGAAUCAUUUGAGGUGGUA